AUGCCCGGCUCGCUCGCGCGCGCGCUCGGGGGCGCCCCCGCGUCUCUUCUCCGCGCGCCGCUCGCGGCGCGCCGCCGCCGACCACCGCAGCGCGCGCGUCGCCGCGCCGCCGUCGUCGCCCCCUCGGCGUCCUCCAAAAACGACGACGCCGACGCCGCCGACGAGUCGUCGUCGCCGGAGCUCGACAUGGGAUCCCUGAGCCGCCGCGUCGCGGAGAUAAAAGCCCUCGAGGACGCGAACCAGGCCAACCUCCGCGUCCUAGUCCUCGACGCGACCCUCCCCGGGCAGCGCCUGAGCCUGCGCUUCGACGCCAAGGACACGCGCCGUCGCCUCGGCCUCGGCACCGAGCUCGGCGUCGGCGCGGCCGUCGGCGACACGUACGCCAUGCUCGGCCAGGCGCCGGCGUCCGGGCAAGUCCUCCCGCUCGGCACGGAGGUGAAGCUGACGCGCGUGGACCCGCUCCCGGACGGCAGCGGCGACGUCGAGGUCGAGAUGGUGGGCGUCAGGCGCCUGCGCAUCGAGGGGCAGCCGUUCGACGAGAACGGCGUCGCGAUGGCAAAGGUGACGUACAUGAGAUUCGCGCCCGAGGAGACGCCGCCGCUGCCGCGCGAUAACGAGAGCGUCGCGCCGACGUCGCCGCGCCCGAUCGAGGGCGGCGGCGCGCCGGGCUCGGGAUCCUACGACGAGUCGGACGACCCGGAGAAGGCGGAGCUCGAGACGACGCGGAUGUCGGACGAGCUCGAAUCGCUCGUCGACGAGGCGCGUCCCGUCUCGCACUGGUCCCCAUGCGACCCCGUUCGCGUGGUGAACGCCUGGACCGUCCUCGUGCGCACGGGCGGACGCGAACGCGUCCCCGGACAGCUCGAGCUCAUCGCGUCGCACUUGGGCCCCAUGCCCGCGCGCGCGUCCAAGGCGAGACGCGCCGCGUGGGUCGCCGCGCUCAUCAACCCGAUCCCCGCGCUGGGCGUGGCGUACGAGAUACGCCCCGCGCUGCUCAUGGCGAGGGACACGAGAGGGAUGCUGAAGGUGCGUUCUAUACACUGGUUCCCAUAUGACCGCGUCGGCGUGGUGAACGCCAUUCCUUAA